AGACAGAAACUUUGGCAACCUAAGACCAUAACAAAACCAGAAAAACAUUUAAUUUCAAUAAACCAACUGAAAAUUUUCAUUCACCCAAACGAGCUCAAAGUAAAACACGUCAUCAUCAACCGCUACACCAUCGUGUAGCUCGUUCACUCGUCUCUAAUACCCACCAGGUAGUCCGGACUAGAGACCCCUCUCUCCCGCUCUCUGAAUAACUCGCCGCCAAGCUUUUGUUCUCCAGAGAUUCUGAUCAAGCUUAACAGCCACGAAUCAUGUCGGCGUCCGGCGACCGGAAAGUCGCCGUCGACGGCCGUUGUACUUGCUUUUCCGUCGACAACAGUGAUGAUGAUAACAAAUUGCAUGAUCGGAGUUGUCCGCAUUGUAGAAGAUCGAAUCUUCCUUCGUCGUCGUCUUCUGGUUCUUUGCUCAGCUUCGAAUCGAUUCCAGUACAAGAGUACGAUAAGCUUGGGAGAAUCUUCGCUGCCUCAGUCAAGGGUUUCACCAUUGGAGCUGGUCUCAAAGGCGGCCUAGCUCUCUUCUCUGUCCUUGCUCGCUUGCGUCGCAGACGUUUAUCUCCCUCUGCAAAGAAAGUAGAAAUGGUUUCCAGUAGUUACGAUGUGAUUUUGGCUAUCAAAGAAACUCUCAGAUAUGGUCUUUUUCUUGGCACUUUUGCUGGUACAUUUGUUUCAGUGGAUGAAAUUAUAGCUGCUUGGGGAGGACACCGUAGGACAGCAAAAUGGAGGGCUUUGUUAGCCGGGGCGAUAGCAGGGCCUUCAAUGCUAUUGACUGGAUUGAACACCCAGCAUAACAGCUUGGCCAUUUAUAUUCUCAUGCGUGCUGCUGUCUUGGCAUCGCGAUGUGGAAUAAAAAGCAAGAGAUUUGGACGCAUUUGUAAACCUCUUACUUGGGCACAUGGAGACAUUUUCCUUAUGUGUCUCUCUUCUUCUCAAAUUCUGUGUGCUUACAUUUUGAAGCAAGAUAGUUUGCCCCCCUCAUACAAGUCCUUUCUCAAUAAACAUGGCGCAAAGGAUUCUGUUAUCCUGCAAGGAGUGAAGGAGAUUGCAUGCGGCAUGCCGUUUACUAAUUUGGAGGCUAUAGAGAAGUAUUACCAGUCCACCGGUGUUGACAUUAAACUGGAUCCAGAAAUGAAAGUCCCCUGCUCGAUGGUACAUGGAAAUCAACAAUGUGCUUUGCAUUUUGUUUCAUUUCUUAUUCAAGCCUACAAGAGAGCAUUACCAGUUUAUCUUCCUGUUUACUUAAUUCCGGCACUAAUUGUACAUCGUCAAGGACUCUUGAAGAGACCUUACACAAUUUUGGGGAAAGGUGUUCUGGGCACUGCAAGAUCAAGCUUAUUUUUAUCCAUGUAUUGUUCAUCUGCCUGGAUGUGGACAUGUUUCCUCUUCAGGAUCUUUAAAAGGUGCAACAUUCCUAUGUUGGCAAUGGGAACGUUUCCAACUGGUUUGGCCUUGGCAAUUGAGAAGAAGAGCAGGCGGAUAGAGAUUUCACUCUACUGCUUUGCACGGGCCAUUGAGAGCUUUGUCACAUGCAUGGCUGACAUUGGAUAUUUGCCUCCAUCGAAGAACUACAGGAGAGCUGAUGUGGUGAUUUUCAGCAUUUCCACUGCAAUCAUCAUGCACUGCUAUGCAAUAGAAAGGGAUGUCUUUCGAUCCAAGUACCUGAAUGUUCUUGAUUGGGUAUUUGGUGUGCCUCUUCCCCCUUACGAAACAACUCCCCGGAGGAGUAGUCAAACAAAAUGAGGGAAGCAUUCAGGGUUCAGAGGUGUUUCGAGGUCGAAGUCAUAUGUUCCACAAUUCUGAUGGCAUGAAGUAUUGAAUGAUGGUGCAGGAUUAGAUUCUAUCUUGUUGAGCAAUUGUUGAUGCAUGCAGACAGUAGAUGGAGCGAGGUCAUGGUCAGUACUUUGUUCCUCUUAGGGAUUAGAUUAUAUUGUUUAAUUUGAGUUUUUGUGUGUAAUUGAUAAUACCAAGAAUUAUUUAUAACCUUUCAUGGGAAAACAGAAGGAAGCAAGGGGAAAAAAAACCAUAAUGCUUUCUAAGUUAUUCUACACUUAUUGAAUUUUCAGUUCAAUCAUUGAUCUAGUCACUUGCGUCUUUAAACUGGUAACAGCUCUGCAAUGAGAUUUGUUGUAGGAAGCGAUAUCUAU